GUGAUUCUAGGAGGUUCAACCAGCUUCCAAAAACCCCCAAACCAAGUGUCUAGUGCCGUAACGUGUGUGUGCGUGUGUGCGUUUCCCCGUAGUUAGUUUCCUUUUGUUACGAAUCCCAAAGAGAUUCCUGCUUUGUGAUUACAACGUAAAAGAAAAACCGAACAUGAAGUCAUUCUUGCUUGCUGCCGCCUUCCUCGUCUCGGCAGUGUCCGGCUCGUGGCAUGGUGCCGUCUCCACACAAUACCAACAUUUGGAUCCCCACAGUCAUACCUACUCCUACGGCUAUGCUGAUCCCAAUUCGCAAAAGCAUGAGACACGCUCUCAUGAUGGCACCACUCAUGGCUCCUAUUCCUAUGUAGAUGGACACGGUCAUUUGCAAUCUGUUUCGUAUACCGCCGAUCCUCAUCAUGGCUUCAAUGCUGUUGGCACCAACUUGCCAAAGGCUCCCCUCGCCCAUGGUGCUCCAGUCUACGCUGCAGCUCAUGCCCAUUCCGCCUAUGUGCCAUAUGCUCAUCACGCUCAUGGCAUUCACAUUCCCGUUCUGACCCACGGAGGAGUCCCAGUAGAUACUCCCGAAGUGCAACACGCCAAGGCUGCCCAUGCUGCUGCUCAUGCUGCUGCUGCCCACAACGCUGGAGGUCAUCAUUUGUACAAGCGUUCGAUUUAUGGCGGUCCCUGGGCCUAUGGCGGCGCCGCUCAUGUGCCACUUACCCAUGGUGGAGUUCCAGUAGACACCCCCGAUGUACAAGCUGCCAAGGCCGAACAUUAUGCUGCCCACGCCAAGGCUCUGGGUCAUGUUGCCCACGGACAUGGUGCUCCCGUUGACACAGCUGAGGUACAACACGCCAAGGCCGCUCAUUUCGCUGCCCAUGCCGCUGCCCGAUCGGGUCAUGCCAUUGCCCCAAUUGCCCACGGUGGCUACCAUGUGCCAGUGAUCCACAACGGAGUCCCAGUCGAUACCCCCGAAGUGCAGCAUGCUAAGGCCGCCCACUACGCCGCCGUCUCACAGGCUUCUUCCCAUGCCAGCUCGCACAGCUCCUGGGAUGGUGGCUACGAUGGCCAGUACGAUGGUCGCUGGGAUGGCGGUCACGACAGCCAUGCCCACAGCUAUGCCAGCGGUUAUGCGCAUAAGGGUCCCAUUCACAUUCCCGUCAUCCACAACGGUGUUCCCGUGGAGCCUGCUGAGGUGCAACACGCUCGUGCCGCGCAUCUGAACGCUCUUGCCGCUGCCAGCCAUGGUAGCCACGGUGGCUCCCACGGUGGUUACUACGGUGGUGGUGGUGGAGCUCAUGAGGAUGAUGGCCAGUACCAUGCGCACUACGAUCACUACUAAAGCUAUCCUCAGCCAGCCUGAUCUAUUCUGUUUCACUCUAACCGACUACCGAAGCCUCUGCCCCCGCCCUCCGCGAUUCUCGGCGGCGAACUUUGCUCUCUAACCCACUCUAUGUAUCUCUCUCUUUCACACACACAAACACACAUGCAAACGAAAUCACAAAAAAAGGCGAAAUAUGUGGGAGAUGUAGGCAACAGAUUGCCUACUUGCCCCAAAUUGCGAUCUAAAUUGAAACUAAUUACGAACUAAACGACUUGUUCUUCCACUUUGUUCUUCUUCUUUUUUAAAUCACUGCCAAUAUCAAGUAUAUAUUAUAUCUUGAUCGAUUUAUUUUCUAAGUAUCUUCUCUUUUCUCUUUCUAUCUAUGAUCUAUCUUUCUAUACUGUUUCCUUUUCCGUUGAGUUUUCCAAAAGCGCUGUACGAGUGUGUUGUAAAUAACUGUUAUAAUCUAUGCGAAAACAUAUAUAAACCAGACAAUAUAUAUAUAUAUGUAAAAACUAUAUUUUAU